AUGCCGGCUCACACGGUCAGCCAUGACUACGUCAAAAAAUAUUUAUCUGCCAUUGCAAAAAUGAAGAACCUUUCUCUAAGCGAUCAGCGUAAUUUUUACCAACAAGCAAACGUCCAUUGCGUGUAUUGUGACGAAGGGUACUCUCAAUCAGGCUUUCCAGACAAAAAAUUGGACGUUCAUAACUCAUGGCUAUUUUUUCCGUGGCACAGAUGGUUGCUUUAUUUCUUUGAAAGAAUUUGUAAAAACUUGCUCGAUGAUGACACGUUUACUUUGCCAUUUUGGCAAUGGGACGAUUCUUCAGGCAUGCAAAUUCCACCCAUGUUUAACGACAGCAAAUUUUCCUUAUGCGAUUGCUUGCGCAACCCAAAACACUUGCCUCCUAAAGUGGUGGAUUUAGCUUACAAUUACAAAGGCACCGAUUCGGGCAUCGACCCCAAGACUCAAAUCCAGUACAAUUGUUGCACAAUGUACACUCAAAUGAUCACUCACUCGUCCACGGCUCCGCUUUUCUUCGGACAGCCACUGUUGGGGGGUGGUGAUCCCGAUCCAGGAGCUGGUUCCAUAGAAACUGAACCCCACAAUAAUGUGCACGAUUGGGUUGGCGACCCUUCCCAGCCUAACAACGAGGACAUGGGCGUCUUAUAUGCAGCCGGCCGAGACCCUAUAUUCUAUGCUCACCAUGCCAACGUUGAUAGAAUGUGGUACAUUUAUGACAAUGUUUUGAAACGCAAAAAUAUUAAAGACCCAGAUUGGUUAAAUUCCUCUUUUAUUUUCUUCAACGAGGCGGCGAGACCCGUUAGAGUGACGGUUAAAGAUUCCACAAACCUGGCCAAGCUUGGAUAUACCUAUCCUGACUUGCCACUUUCUUGGUUAGAUUGUAAGCCAAAAGCGCAUAGAAAGGGCCUGAACCUGACAAAGGUGUCCGCACCUAAGGCUAGUGAAGUGCUACCAAUAAAAUUAGAGAAACCCAUCAGCUUCGUGGUUGAGCGGCCUAAGAAGUCAGGGGGUGGACAAGAGAAAUCAGAGGCAGAAGAGGUGCUGAAGAUUAAGGGAAUCGAAUUUGAUAAAGGAGAAACUGUGGUGUUCGAUGUGUUUGUGAACGAAGACGAUACGAGUAAGUGUAAUCCGUGCAAGGCUAAGUCUCUAGGAAGCUUCCGCACCUUGGCCCACGGACAUGGCAAGAAAUCUACCACUUCCCGUAGUUUUGCGAUUUCAGAGGUGUUGGAGGAAUUGGGAGCUGAUGAUUUUGACAGCAUUUUGGUCACUUUGGUCCCCAGAAGAGGUGUUGUGACCAUAGGUGGUAUCGAAAUUACCUUUGUUCCUAAACCUUAA